UGUAAACAUACAGUACAUGUACAACGUGCAUUGAUCUUGAUUGACACAAUCAUAACUUCAAAAGGUUACCGGUAUUUUGUCAGAUUAGUCGGCCGUAACUGGAUCUGCAUACUGAUUUGCUUCUCUAAUAUCUGAUGACUGGGUACGCUUAAAAGUUCUGCCUUUUUCUGUCCCCGUAGGCCUACAUGUCAAGUCAUGGAAGUCGGCGAUUUCAUUCAGAAUCAACCGUUGAUACUGCAAUGCAAUUGCGCUGAUUGACUGACCGUGCCUAACAGCGAUAACCUGGCUGAGCCCGAGAAAGGAGCACUUUUUUGCCAUCUCAACAGCUCCAAUGGCAGAGCAUGGCUUCCCUCAUUGCGUAGCAGAGCUUCAGUUUGUUAUGUCGCCGAAUCCAGAUGUACAGCGCCCCCAAGUGUCGGUGAGGUGCACGAGAGCGUUCUGCAGCGAUACCAAACUAUAUGAGUGGGGAUUGUAUGGCAAGCCUGAGCUGUCAAAACUCAAAAAUGCGGAAGCUGAAUUACAGGAUAGUGAGGAAGACGAUGACUUGGACAGAGCUCACACCGGAACCAGCCAAUUUCAGUGCACUGAUGUCAUCACCAACCAAUCAGAUUCUGCUCUUGAUCUCAGUGCCGAUAUUCGCCAAGCCAAGUCGGGUAAUGAUGAUGUCACACCAACACAGAGUGAUGAGCAGCAUGAAUAUUCAUCAGGUCACGUGGAAUCCACCUCGGUCAGCAGAGGUAAUGGAAGAAGCGUGGCUGCGAGUCCGUACACCAAGCCUAGUUUGCCGUUCCAUGGAGAAUUCGCAUCAGAAGAGGAGGUGAUGAGAGAAAUGGGACUGCCCCUCAGUUUUGUCAGGUCACCUCAAGAUUUUGACAAGGAGGAUGAUUUCACACCCAAAGUGAGGUACAGAAACAAGCAAGCAAACAAGAGAAACAAGAAGAAAAAGAAAAGAGUUUGGAGUCAUGACCUUGACCUUUCCCAUCCUGCCUUGGAGACAACCAUUUGCCCCAAUGCACUGGAUGUCGCGGAAGGACCAGAGGAGGCAAUGGAUACUUGUGAAGCACCGUCGCCUGGCAGCUGGUCUGCUGUCACGGCUGAAGACGAGUGUUGCCAUGGUGAUUGUAUCCCAGCAACAAAAGAGGCACAUGAUAACUGUGGAUGGCAGAAGUACUGGGAAACGUAUGGAGAAACUCUCAUCUGGGAGAACUGGGUCCAGAAAUAUCCAGAUCAGGUAGUUGGGGAUGGUUACAUCGAAGCACCAUCCACGCGGUCAGAUGGACAACAUCAAGUACAAGAGAAAAUCAGUGGGGAACUAACAGCUCACAGCAAGGCAGACACUGUGGAGGGUACGUGCACAGAGGAUGUGCUCAAGUUGUCAGAUGACCCGUCCCAGUCAGAUGCAAGGAAAGUGUCAGAUAUUGAAUCAGUUUCACCUUCUGGAGGUCAAGGAGAACGCCCGGUGUCCAAUUUGGUUGCCUCACAGCCUGUGUCUUUUCCACAAAGUGAAGACCAGUUGCAUAAUUUGUGUCAAGACUCAAUCCUUGCUCAAGAUGUCUCGACCAUUUCUCUGGAGGAUCACUCAACAAAGCCAAAGACCAAUGUUACCGAUGGAUGUGGCCUGUUGACAGAAGAUCAGAAUAGCUCAGCUGAAGACCAUCGACUUUCAAACCAGGUGAAAAGUGAUUCUUCUUGUCAGAGUUGCAAAGAACCACUGGAUGGAUUAAAUCGAGAAGAUUCAGGGAAAGAUGCGUCCCGAGAAAAUAAUGAAAAUGUUGUUUAUGAAUCUCCGAGCACGGCAGAUGGAUGGAUUUCAGAAUGGAGUCGCUUGUGGGAUGAACAUUGUGGAGAAGUCUACUGGUACUAUCACCAGUGUUACCAUGCUACCAUCAAGAGUAGCUGUUCUGAGAAUGGAGAACACUUGGUGCCAGACAGUAUGGCCAGCCAAUCAGAAGACAGAACAUGUGCAUUGACCAGCCAAUCAGAGCUGUCGGUGCCACAUUUGCGUAGUAAUGAUACCCAAUCACAACAGGGCAAAAGCAACUCUGCAGCCAAUCAGCUCCCACUAGAUGAGUUGGGAGACCAAUCAGAAUAUGCAAAGAUGUCAGCUGGUGCCAUCAUCCAAUUACAGAAAGAUUGCGCCAGUGGAUGUGAUAAUCACCAACAUGUAGAUGUGCUGAAUUGCCGUAUUGACACUGCUUGGAAUGACAGAAUGUCAAACUUUGACAGUGAUGACGAUGAUAUUAAUAGUGACAUUGACAGAGAGCCAUUUGACGGGAAGUCAAAACGGAAGAAGCAAACCCAGAAAUCACUGGGAAGUGGAGAUAGAACAGACGGCUCUCAGCAAACGGGGCUAGCAGGUGGAAUACUCUGUUCCAGUGGUGGGGGUGAGGGUAUUGGACAGGGAGGGGACGGUAAAAAGCCACCAGAAGAGAGGCCAACAAAAAUGAAGAGGAGCCACGAAUUGGAAGCUGAUACUGUGGAGAACAGAGAUGUCUUGAAACAACUUGGACUGAGCUCGGACCCAGAGUCGAAGAGGUUCCGGGGCCAGGAGAAGUUUUCCUCGGUGCAAGUCAGCUACCUGCGGAGAGGGGCGACGAAGAAAUCCAGAUCGCUGAACAUGAGGAAGGAGCCCAUUCACAUCUGGUUUGAUGAAGAGGAUGGUGUGGGGGCUGCUGAGGAUGCGGAGAUCCAGCAAGAACAGUCAAAGGGCUCAAAGAGAUCCAAAACGAGCAAGAUGAGAGGAAGUAAGACGCUCAAUAAGGUGAAGGAGUUCUUGAGUAGCCAAAGAGAGGGCAAAAUUGGUCAACUUCAGGGGACGAGAGGAAAGGAUGAAACUGUCGGGGAGGUGCAAUGUACUUCAGAAACUUCUAAAGAGGAGAUAGCAGAUUCAUCCUCUGUUUGCCAAGAAGAUGAAACGAAGGACUUUGACACUUUUGCAGGACAGGCAGCCUGUCAAAAGGCAGAACAGGGAAACCUGAGUUUUGAUCGUGGGUUGUCAAAGAAUUCAGAGGUUACCUCCUUUGAAGAGAUUGCGGAGCAAGAGUCAGAGGGUCAGAGAGCAGAAUCUGAGGAAAUCAACUGGUCAUCCAGGAAUCGUUUGCAAGAUGUUAGGAUUGCAGAUGAAGAGACUUCACUUGGUGCUGUGGAGAUGGAGACAUCAACAGCUCUGUUUCAAGAUUCGAGACUUGCGGACUACCCAGAGAUCAGCGCCAACCCUGUAAUGAUGAAAUACUGGGCGCAACGUUACCGUCUUUUCUCUAGGUUUGACCAUGGGAUCAAGAUGGAUGAAGAGGGUUGGUACUCGGUCACCCCUGAGAAGAUAGCCAAACACCAGGCCCAGCGAUGCCGCUCGGAUCUGGUCAUCGACGCCUUCUGUGGCGUUGGAGGAAAUGCAAUACAGCUUGCGUUCACCUGCGAGAGAGUGAUAGCAAUAGAUAUUGAUCCAGUGAAGAUGGAGUGUGCACGCCACAAUGCUGGAGUCUACGGUGUGGCAGACCGCAUUGAGUUCAUACAGGGGGACUACUUUCUUCUGGCUGAUCACCUCAAGGCCGAUGUGGUAUUCCUGAGCCCUCCCUGGGGUGGGCCGAACUACUUGCAGGCCGAUGUGUAUGACAUUACCACCAUGAUGCCCCUGGAUGCAUUCAAGCUGUUUGAGAAGACCAAACAGAUAAGUGAGAAUAUCGCUUUCUUCGUUCCAAGGAACGCAAAUGUGGACCAGUUGGCAUCUUUAGCUGGCCCCGGAGGGCGGAUGGAGAUUGAACAGAAUUUCCUGAACAAAAAGAUCAAGACGGUGACGGCUUACUACGGGGAACUUGUGGAUGGGUGAGGAUUUACUGCCAAAGGGACUUAGACUGGGAAGCUCAUCGCGGCCUUUUUAUAUGCACGCUGAAAUAGUCAAUUCUGUUUAAAGGCAUUUGUGUGCAUGUGUAUUGAACAACUGUAGUGCAGAAGUCAACUUUUAAUCCAAAAAAGGGCAAAAUAGCAUGAACCAUUUUCAGGCUGUACUCAAAGGAUUGCAUGUUGAUAGAUCAUUUUUAUAAACCUUGGCAUUAAGAAAGCCACCAUUUCAACUCAAAGUCUUUACCUGACGGGAUAACUUGAUUGACACGUGGUGACAUUCAGUGUACACUCAAUGUUUAGAUUUACUUUUUUUUAAACAGAUAACGCAGUUUCAGACGAGACCAUGAGGCGCAUGUGUGUUGUUUUUACAGAUCUAUUUUAUUCAAACAUUUCUCUUUAAAACAUAAAUUACUCCACUUAAGAGGUGAAACACCUUUGCUGAACAUAAGGUCUGUUUAGUUUGGCAAAGCAAAGAGAAACCGGUUGAACUGGAAAGGAGAGAUGCAUA